UGUAUUCCCUUUUUGCUGCUGUGUGCUUCAAGUACAUUCAUAUAUGCUACAUACAUAUCAUUGUUACAAGGUUUUUUUUAAUAUUUGUUAGUUUGGUUCUUGACCCACCAGGACACAACUCUCAGCUUUGUUCUUACCCACUUUUGAGUUGAAGGGUAAAUUUGGUAGUGCAAUGGGUUCAUUGGCUUCAGUGAUGAGAUUCUUGAGAUCAUGUUUCAUGGAGCAUGUGAAGGUUUCAUCUUUAUUGAGGUUUAAAUCAAAUGAAGCCUCUGAAAAGAAAAAGGUUGUUAAAGCUACUGAUAGUGAUAGGAAAGAUGAUCAUGAUGGGGUUUUGUCAAGUGAUGGGAAAGUGACUGAAAAGGUUGAAAAGGGGAGGCAGAACAAGAGGGAGAGGUCCAGGGCUUGCAAAUGCAUAAACAGUUGUUGUUGGUUGAUUGGAUGUAUGUGUACUACUUCAUGGCUUCUUCUGGUGUUUUUGGCGUACAUUAUUCAUGCUAGUAUGCCUGCAGUUCAAUUACCUGAAUUUCCCGGGGCUCGGAUGAAGCGGGAAGGUGUGGUUGCCAACCAUCCGGUUGUUCUGGUGCCUGGUAUUAUUACCGGAGGCCUUGAACUAUGGGAGGGGAAACCUUGUGCUGCACCCUUGUUUCGCAAGCGCCUCUGGGGCGGUUGGGGUAGUGGAUGUACGAAUAUCUUUAGAAGUCCAUUGUGUUGGACAGAACAUCUCUCUCUGGAUUAUGAGACCGGCCUUGAUCCACCUGGAAUCCGAGUGCGUCCUGUUCCAGGACUAAUUGCAGCUGACUAUUUUGCGCCUGGUUAUUUUGUGUGGGCUGUCUUAAUUGAGAAUUUGGCGCAAAUAGGUUAUGAAGAUAGAAAUAUGUAUAUGGCUGCAUAUGAUUGGAGGCUGUCUUUUCAAAAUACAGAGGUCAGGGACCGAUCUCUCAGCAGAUUGAAGGCUCAAAUUGAGAUCAUGUAUGCAACAAAUGGAGACAAGAAAGUGGUAGUGUUGCCCCACUCAAUGGGCGCAGUUUAUUUCUUGCACUUCCUUAAAUGGGUCGAAGCACCUGCUCCAAUGGGAGGAGGGGGAGGUCCUGGUUGGUGUGCAAAGCACAUCAAAGCAGUAGUGAAUAUCGGACCUACAUAUCUUGGUGUUCCAAAGGCAUUUAGUACACUUCUAUCUGCUGAGGGGAAGGACAUAUCUAUCAUCAGAGCAAUGGCUUCUGGUCUUUUGGAAUCUGAAUUAUUUGGACUUCAGACUGUGGAACAUGUUAUGAGGGUAUCUCGAACAUGGGACUCUAUAAUCUCCUUGUUACCAAAAGGAGGAGAGGCCGUCUGGGGCAACUUGGAUUGGUCUCCUGAAGAAGGUUAUGAGUGUGGUUUAGAAAAGAAGAGACACUUUCAAGCAGAUUCAAGAGAAAAUAAUAGUAAAAGCAGCGAAGAAAAUAGCUCGUUACAAGUUAAUCACCCAAAAAAAUAUGGAAGGGUAAUUUCUUUCGGACAGGAAGCAUCGCAAGUACAUUCUUCAAAGCUUCCCACCUUUUCAAAGGACUUUAUGCAUACAAGUAUCUCCACCAAUUUGAAUGCAUCCCAUGGAAAAUUCAGGACAGAAUUCGAUGAAAUGAGCCAUGAAAGUUUUGAUAAAAUUGUCGAAAAGAAAGUCUACACAACCACAGAUCUUGUUGAUCUUCUUCGAUAUGUGGCUCCGAAAAUGAUGCGGCGUGCCGAGGCUCAUUAUUCGCAUGGGAUAGCGGAGAAUCUUGAAGAUCCAAAAUAUAACCAUCACAAAUAUUGGUCAAAUCCACUUGAGACCAAAUUACCUGAUGCUCCUGAUAUGGAGAUUUAUUGUUUGUAUGGAGUUGGGCUUCCAACCGAAAGAUCAUAUGUAUACAAGAUGUCACCUUCUUCUGAUAAGCGUAAGGGCAUUCCUUUCCGGAUUGAUAACUCUGUAGAUGGAAGCGAUGACUGCUUGAAGGCUGGAAUAUACUUUGUGGAUGGUGAUGAGACCGUCCCAGUUCUGAGUAGUGGAUUCAUGUGUGCCAAAGGGUGGAAAGGAAAAACCAGGUUCAAUCCAUCAGGGAGUGCUACGUAUAUAAGAGAAUACCGGCACAAGCCCCCUGCAAGCUUGUUUGAGGGAAGGGGCCUGGAGAGUUCUGGCCAUGUAGACAUAAUGGGAAAUUUGGCGAUGAUUGAAGAUGUGCUUCGUGUUGCUGCUGGAGCUACUGGUCCAGAGAUGGGAGGAGAUCAGAUACAUUCAGAUCUUCUGAAAAUGUGCGACAGAGUGAAUGUUCCUCUGUAAAUGCAAUUGCAAGAAACGGAAGCCAUGCAUUGCACAAAACUGCACAGGCUUAUCUUCUGAAUUCACCAGUUCAAAUCAGCUUUAGUUGGUAAAACCUUUACUUUUAUUUAGCAAAAGAAAAAACCUUUUACUUUCAAUAGAUUCGACUUUGAUCUUGAAAUUUACCCAAAGAUGCGGAGUUUGCUUAAUCAAACGUUUCGUUACUCAUAA